UGACGAGCAAGGGCCGACGCCAUCAGUGUGCGUUGUGCCGUGGCUGGAAGUUAUAGUGCGGCGGCGGCAGCGAAGGCGGCGGCGGCUGCUGCGGCUCAGGAGGCGGCUGAGACGGCGACGGAGGAGACAGAAGAUGGCCGAUUUCCUGAAAGGGCUGCCAGUCUACAACAAGAGCAACUUCAGCCGCUUCCAUGCCGACUCUGUGUGCAAAGCCUCGAACCGCCGCCCAUCCGUGUACCUGCCCACGCGGGAGUACCCCUCGGAACAGAUCAUUGUGACCGAGAAGACGAACAUUCUCCUGCGCUACCUUCACCAGCAGUGGGACAAGAAGAACGCUGCCAAGAAGAGAGAGCAGGAGCAAGUGGACCUCGACGGCGAGAGCUCGGCACCCCCGCGCAAGGUGGCGCGGACUGGCAGCCCCGACAUGCACGAGGACACCUAAGUGGCUGCCCGCGCCCCUCUCGGAGCCCCGCCCCGCCCGCCCCACGCCCCUCAUAGCAGCAGGAGUAUUUAUUUUCCUUGAGUUUUUAUUUAUGCCGUCACGUGACCCAGCUGAGGUUCCAGGGGCUGUCAGACCAGCGUCGUGUCCAUAGAUGCUUUUUUUAACCACAGUGUCACCCCUACCCCACCCCUCCGGUCCGGCCAACGUGGGUCUGAGGGUGCGGGAGCCCCAUCUCCGGCCUCUGCGGGGUCGGCGACCUUUUGCUUUCCCUGGCUGCCCUGGGCCGGGAGCAGAGGCCACACAGACCUUCCUCCCGACUUCUUUUGUGAUGGACGAGCGUGCCCGUGUCCACCCCAAUAAAAGGGUCUUUCCUCUCCGACCUCGCGUCUUUGCUCCGCCUACCUGGGCCACAGGGCCCUGAGGAUGGAGCCCUGAGUAUCGUGCCCUGUUCCCUGGACCUGCCUCAAGCCAGGCGCCCCAUGCUUGGUCAUGGCCCUUGGGGUGUCAGGAAGUGGACCCUGUGCUGCUCCCCCUACAAGCUGGGGCUGGCCUGAGGGCUCGGCCUGGAAGAGCCCCAGGGUGUCCGCAGGGCGGCAGGUAAACGCCAGUCCAGGAGAGGCGGGGGUGCCUUCCCGAGCCUGCUGGUGCCCCCCUGGACCCCCGCUCUGCCUUCCCACACCUCUGUGCCUUGCACAGGUGUCCCCGACUCCGGUCACCCCCAACUUCUCCCGAUUGUCCCUACCCGGCCUUCCCGAGGCCACCGUCGGGGCCCAGGGCUCUGCACUGCUCACCCUUCCCGGCUCUGGGUGGGCCCCCACAUCCCUAGUUACCGUAGGUCUCCAUGCUCCUGCAGGGACCUGGAAGGCCACCCCAGGCCUGGAGCCCCAGUUCUGAGCCGGAGGCCCCUGAGUGGAGGGUGUGGCCAGUGGCCAGGACCCCCCACCCACAGCUCCGUCCUCGGGCACUGUUGAAAUAAACUUUUUAUUGCAUUUCUGCCGUUUUACAAAAAUAUGGUAAAAUAAAUUAAAAACAAAUAAAUAAC